GCAUGCUUAUUCCCUUUUAUUACUCUAUAUAUAUUAGAUAGUAUAUAUAUUUCAUACCUUGUAAUGUGCUACUCUCUAUUAUCUAAAAAUCAUGGCUUGCAGAAACAUAGUGUCAAUUGUUUCAACCAUGCAGACACAGAAACUUUAUCAUACUAAAGAAAAAAAAAGUCAUCCUGAAAAGAUUUCUACUUAUAAACCAAACAAUUGGAAAUAUGAUCAUCUACUUUCUCUUACAAGUCAAUAUUCUGAAGAGAAGUACAAAGUUAAAGCAGAGAAGCUAAAAGAGGAAGUGUGUUGUACGUUUUCAGACACUCAUGCUAGUCCAGUGGUUCAGCUAGAGCUUAUAGAUACAAUUGACAAACUUGGCCUAACUAGUUACUUUGAGGUUGAAAUACAAAAAGCUUUGGAAAAUACAAUUAUCUACUCCAUGAAAAGUAGUUCCAAUCACUAUGCUACUACUGCUUUGUGCUUCAGGCAGCUUCUUACUGAACAUGGCUACAAUGCUUCACAAGAUAUGUUAAAGGAUUUGUUGCAUGGGAAAGGGAAAUUACCUUCAGAUAUUAAAACAUUAUUGGAGCUUUUUGAAGGGUCACAUCUUAGCAUGGAUGGUGAAAAAUUACUAAAUAAUGACAUAAGAUUAUUGUCAGAUAUAGUUGACAGAUUUACUAGUAAUCCCUUGGCAUGGAGAGUGAGAUGGUACGAUGUUAGAACACACAUUAUUAAUACUACUCAAAAUUCCAACAACACAAAUAUUCCAAUGUUGCUCAAAUUAGCUAAACUUAACUUUAAUAUCAUUCAAGCCACGCACCAAAAUGAUCUCAAAGAUGUAAUAAGAUGGUGGAGGAAUCUUUGCAUAGUUGAAGAUUUAGAGUUUACAAGGGACAGAAUAGUAGAAAGCUUCUUUUACGCUGUAGGAAUAGCGUCAGAAGCUCAACAUGGAAGCAUUAGAAAAUGGAUAACCAAAGUGAUUCAAUUAGUGCUAAUAAUAGAUGAUGUUUAUGAUAUUUAUGCUUCUUUAGCCGACGUGCAACAAUUCACCCGUGCCAUAGAGAAAUGGGACCCAAAUGAAGUAGAGCAGCUACCAGAGUGUAUGCAGAUCUGUUUUAGGGCGUUGCAUGCUACCAUGGAAGAGAUUUGUGUUGAAAUUCAAGAACAAAAGGGUGGCCCUUCAACAUUACCUUAUCUGAAACAAGGGUGGGUCAACUUUUGUAAAGCCUUGCUGGUGGAAGCAACGUGGCAUUAUGAAGGUCAUAUACCAACACUUGAAGAUUAUCUUGAUAAUGGGUGGAUCUCAUCAUCCGGUUCAUUAUUUUCUUUUCAUGUGAUAUAUUGUAUGACAAAUAAAAUAACAAAUGAAAAUCUUGAUUUAUGCAAAAAUUGCCAAGAAAUUAUUUACCACGUCUCGAUCAUAAUUCGACUUUGCAAUGACCAAGGUACCUCAACGGCGGAGCUAGAGAGAGGUGACGUUGCUUCAUCAAUUAUAUGUUACAUGCAACAAGAAAAUGUGUCAGAAGAUGUAGCCAGAGAAUAUAUCAAAAGCAUAAUUUUGGAUUCGUGGAAGAAGAUUAAUUACCAUUUUAAUAAGCUUUCUACAUCACAUCGAAAAAUUGUUAAUCAUGUAAUAAAUGGAGCACGAAUGGCACAUCUCAUGUACCAUUCUGGAGAUGGAUUUGGGGUUCAAGAUGGAGAAACUCGACACCAGAUCCUUCUCAACUUGGUUCAACCUAUUACAUAAUUGCA